AUGUCUGCUUGUUACAUAAAGCGCUCCAAGGCCUUAAACAAGCCUUGCGCGUGGUACCAGCGAUUUGCCACUUUUGCUACACGAGUGGGUUUCAAACAGAGUAACUGCGACUUCUCUCUCUUCAUUCACCACAGCCACUCCGGAAUCGCAUAUCUUCUACUCUAUGUCCACGAUAUUCUCCUCACUGCUUCCUCUACAGCUCUUCGUGACUCCAUUAUUUCAUCUCUCAACGCAGAAUUCGCCAUGACAGAUCUCGGAAAGCUUCAUUAUUUCCUUGGCAUCACGAUCAAAUACAACAAUGCUGGUCUGUUUCUGCAACAAAAGACAUAUGCCAUGGAGAUUCUACAAAGAGCAAACUUGUCAGAAUGCAACUCUUGCACCACUCCAGCAGAUGCUAGAGGAAAACUCUCUGACGAAGGAAGCUCACCGAUGUCAGAUCCUAAACUCUAUCGAAGUCUUGCUGGUGCUCUCCAAUAUCUUACCUUCACUAGACCCGAUAUCGCCUUCGCUGUUCAACAAGUGUGCCUCUUCGUGCAUGGACCAUUGGAUUCUCAUUACAAUGCUUUAAAGCGCAUAUUGCGCUACAUCAAAGGGACACUGGACCAAAGUCUGCAACUCACGCCCAAAACGUCUGACACGCUCACCGCUUGCUCUGACGCCGAUUGGGCAUGA